AUGUCCGAUGAGGACGUAGAGAAAGUUCUGGCGCACACCCCCAAACUGGCGGGGUACGAUGUGGCCGGCGCCAUCGCACCCAAGGUUGAACACCUGUGUCAAGAACUGGGAGCGGACGUCGCGCGAGUCAGGAGGGCGGUUCAGCGCGAGCCCAGGCUCCUCACCGUAUCCUUGGACAGGCUCGAAUCCACGGCGUGUUGGCUGACGAACGAGUGCGGGGUGAAUCGCGGGGACGUGGGCGCCAUCCUGUGCAAGCAGCCUUCGGUGGCGUGGUCGAGCGUAGACGCGAACCUCCGGCCGACGAUGACGUUUCUCGUUGAUGAGCUCGGCAUGAGCCCGACCGCGGUGGCGCGCGCGGUGAAGCGCCGACCGUCGAUCCUGCUCAUGAACGUCGACGAUAACCUGCGCGCUAAGAAGCGGUACUUUACCGACAGGCUGGGCUUGGGCGAGGAAACGGUACGCGCGGUGCUGGAAAAAAAUCCAGAAAUUUUGGCUUUGUCCGUGGAGGACAGCGUGGCAAAGACGGUGGAAUUCUUCGCCAGGGACCUCGGCAUCGGAGGCGAUCGCGCUGUCAAGCUCAUCACCAAAGCCCCCGCGGUGUUGUCGUUAUCGUUGGAGCGUAAUAUCGUGCCCACCAUCGACUUCUUAGCAGACGAGCUUGACCUCGGCAUCGAGCGUGCCAUAAAAUGCAUCGAGACUCGCCCCCAGCUCUUGGCGUACUCGCUGGAGCGCAAGCUGAGGCCCACGGUCAGGUAUUUGGUCGAUGAAUUCUUCCCCGCGUGCGAUGUGUACGAUGCGGUUCAGCUCGUCAACUACAGCCUCAAGGGAAGGAUUAUUCCCCGGGUUCGGAUACUAAGGAGAAAGGGCAUGAUGUCGGAACAAGCGCUCCAUAAACCUUCCUACGUGGUUUGCAUGCGAGACGACCAGUUCCAGAAGCUCGCGGGCGUGACCCCGGAAGAAUACGCGGUGGAAGUAGCGAGGGCGAAGGACGGGGAGACCAAGGAUGUCACGUCUGAGACUGCGGGGGCGAGGUGA